UUAGCGAUACCACAAGCUUCAUUGAUCUCUGUAACAUGGGGACGUCAGCUGCUGGACCGUCUGCCCGGUUCCUUGGGCUGUUCGCGGUCACGACGUGCCUGCUCUGGAGCAGGGCCUCCGGCUUCUCGGCGUCCGGCGUCAGCAGGGCCUUCGCCACCUUCUACGGCGGCAGCGACGCCUCGGGAACCAUGGGUGGGGCAUGCGGGUACGGGAACCUGUACUCGACGGGGUACGGCACGAGCACGGCGGCGCUGAGCACGGCGCUGUUCAACGACGGCGCCUCCUGCGGGCAGUGCUACCGGAUCAGGUGCGACUACGCGGCGGACCCGCGGUUCUGCAUCCGCGGCGCGUCGGUGACCAUCACGGCCACCAACCUCUGCCCGCCCAACUACGCGCUCCCCAACGACGAUGGCGGGUGGUGCAACCCGCCGCGGCAGCACUUCGACAUGGCCGAGCCGGCCUGGCUCAACAUCGGCGUCUACCGCGGCGGCAUCGUGCCGGUCCUCUACCAGCGCGUGCCCUGCGCCAAGAAGGGCGGCGUCAGGUUCACCGUCAACGGCCACGACUACUUCGAGCUCGUGCUCGUCAGCAACGUCGGCGGCGUCGGGUCCAUCCGGUCGGUGUCCAUCAAGGGGUCCAGGACGGGGUGGAUGCCCAUGUCCAGGAACUGGGGGGUCAACUGGCAGUCCAACGCGCUGCUCACCGGCCAGAGCCUCUCGUUCCAGGUCACCAGCACCGACGGCCACACGCUCACCUUCCCCAACGCCGCUCCCGCCGGCUGGGGCUUCGGCCAGACCUUCGCCACCAACAAGCAGUUCUCUUAAUUAAUUAGAGACGAUCAUAAGUACGAGAAGUUUAUUAAUUUAUACUCCAGUCCUUUUUUUGUGGGGAUGUAUGUCUUUGAUCAGUGAUCGGUUUGUAACGUUCGGUCAUCGAUGUGUCGCGGUGAUAUCUUCUCCUGACGAGGUAUUGUGUCCAUCGAUGCAUUUGCCUCUGCAUCCGAGGCUUCAUGAUGAACAAUAAGCCAAAAGUUUCAUCAAAUUUGAAGCUAUGGUUGAUUUGAUUUA